AUCACUGCAGCACCAGCCAAAAAGGCUGCUGCAGUAGACCCAGAUGAAGAUGACACGAAGGCUCUAAUGGAUGCAUUUUCCAAGCACGGCCCUGAAAUAAUGGAACUGCUCAAAAGCAUCACUCUCGAAGACGCAAUGUCCGACCCUGAUGUUGAUGAGCUGGUGGUGAGCAACAUCAACUCCACUGAAGUAGAUGAGGUGGUGAGCAAUAUCAUCUCCGCUGACGUAGACGACCUGGCAGACAGCGACUCUGAUGAUGACGCAGACUCUGACGACGACACUGACUUGGCUGAGCUGGCAGACAGUGACUCUGACGAAGACUCAGACUCCAUCGAUGAUGCUGACUUAGAUGAGCUGGCAAGCAACGUAACCACCACUGACAUAGAUGAGCUGGCAAGCAACAUGGACUCCAGUGAUGUAGAAGACCUGUUGGAGAGCACUAUUAACUCCACUGAUGUAGAUGAGCUAGCAAGCCACAUGAACUCCACUGACGUAGAUGAGCUAGCAAGCAACAUGGACUCCAGUGAUGUAGAAGACCUGUUGGAGAGCGCUAUUAACUCCGCUGAUGUAGAUGAGCUGGCAAGCCACAUGAACUCCACUGAUGUAGAUGAGCUGGCAAGCAACAUGGACUCCUCAGAUGUAGAUGACCUGUUGGAGAGCGCUAUUAACUCUGCUGAUGUAGAUGAGCUGGCAAGCAACAUCAUCUCUGCUGAUGUAGACGACCUGGCAGACAGUGACUCAGAUGAUGACGCAGACUCUGACGACAACGUUGACUUGGCUGAGCUGGCAGACAGUGACUCUGAUGAAGACUCAGGCUCCAUCGAUGAUGCUGACUUAGAUGAGCUGGUAAGCAACAUAACCACCACUGACAUAGAGGAGCUGGUAAGCAACAUGGACUCCGCUGAUGUAGAAGAUCUGUUGGGGAACACCAUUAACUCCGCUGAUGUAGAUGAGCUGGUAAGCAACAUGAAUGCCACUGACAUAGAUGAGGUGAUAAGCAACAUGGACUCCAGUGAUGUAGAAGACCUGUUGGAGAGCACCAUUAACUCCACUGAUGUAGAUGAGCUGGUAAGCAACAUGAACUCCACUGAUGUAGAUGAGCUGGUAAGCAACAUGGACUCCAGUGAUGUAGAAGACCUGUUGGAGAGCACCAUUAACUCCGCUGAUGUAGAUGAGCUGGUAAGCAACAUGAACUCCACUGAUGUAGAUGAGCUGGUAAGCAACAUGGACUCCAGUGAUGUAGAAGACCUGUUGGAGAGCACCAUUAACACCGCUUAUGUAAAUGAGCUGGUAAGCAACAUGGACUCCAGUGAUGUAGAAGACCUGUUGGAGAGCACCAUUAACACCGCUGAUGUAGAUGAGCUGGUAAGCAACAUGGACUCCAGUGAUGUAGAAGACCUGUUGGAGAGCACCAUUAACACCGCUGAUGUAAAUGAGCUGAUAAGCAACAUGGACUCCAGUGAUGUAGAAGACCUGUUGGAGAGCACCAUUAACUCCACUGAUGUAGAUGAGCUGGUAAGCAACAUGAACUCCACUGAUGUAGAUGAGUUGGUACGCAACAUGGACUCCAGUGAUGUAGAAGACCUGUUGGAGAGCACCAUUAACUCUGCUGAUGUUGAUGACUUGGUCGAGAGCAUCAUCAACUCCACUGACAUCGAUGAGCUGCUCAAGAAUGUCACUCUUGAAGAUUCAAUGUCCGAGUCCACCACUUACGUUGAGGUUGAUGCUGAUGAGGAAUCAGUGACCCUAGACUCCGCUGACGUAGAUGAGCUGGUGGAUAGUGAAGACAAUGAGAAUGGUGAUGAUGCAAUUACAGAUGCAGAUGAAGAUAUUGAUGUAGAUGACACCUCUUCUAGUGAUGAAGACAUUUUCGAACAGGCACUGGUCAGGGUCAGAAAUUUCAUAGAUGAACUGCUCAAGGAGAAGCAUGAGACCAAGAUGGAUGCUUAA